CAAAUGUGUUUGACACAUAACAAAAAGUGAACUACUACGUGAUAAAAAAUUGUGUUAUUUAUUGAUAGAUUUAACAAUUACAUUCUCGCACAACUUAAAAAUAGUUUUUUGUGCUAAUAUUAUCAACACCAGAAGUUGGAAUCAAUAAAAAAUAAGUAUAGGUUUUUCAUUCUAAUUAACCAAGCAUAAUGGCAACGUUCAAAGUAAAGGUACUUUAUGAUUUCCAAGGAGAAGGAGGUACCGCGGAAAUGAAUAUAGUAGCAGGCGAAACUUUAACUGUAACAAGGACUGAUGUUGGAGAAGGUUGGUGGGAAGGUUUUAAUUCAUCGGGACAAUCAGGACUCUUCCCUGAGGCGUACGUAGAGCGAAUUAGCGGGUCUGAUCCUCCAAGUAUCCCUGCCCCCGUUUUACCUCCACAGAAUAAUUGGGGUGAUGAUGAGGAAGAUGAUGAUUGGGAUGAUGAUACAAUGUACUCAGAGAUUGGCAAUAAUCACAGUCAAUCUCAACAACACAUUUAUAGUAAUGAACAGAAUCAGAAUCAAUUAUCUCAUCAAUUUGAUAACUUGUCUUUGGGAGGAGGUAGUAAUAUGGGUGAUAAUAAGGGCACAAUAACUAAGAAAAGCUUGAAUAUUUUUUCUUCUUAUGUUAAAUCUGGAUUAGAAGGAUAUAUUUUAGGAACCUCUAGCAACCUACCUGUAUCAAACAAAAAAUUCCGUAUUUUUCGAGAUAGCGAUGAGAUCCUAGGUAGGUGGGAAGUUAUUUCCAAUCCUUAUACCGUGCAAAUCGCAUCUCCUAAGAAGGCUACCAAAAUGGGUGGUCUUAAAUCUUUUAUAGCCUAUCAACUGACGCCGUCUUUUUCUAACGUAGAAGUUUCCAGACGGUAUAAACAUUUUGAUUGGCUCCAUGACAGAUUAACUGCCAAAUUUAAUGUGAUAGCUAUUCCUCCUUUACCGGAUAAGCAAGUAUCUGGCAGGUACGAAGAACAAUUUAUAGAGCAUAGGAGAGCACAGUUGCAAGAAUUCAUAAACUAUAUGUGUCGACAUCCUGUUUUAAGCACUUGCGACGUAUGGGUGCAUUUUCUGACCUGUACAGACGAAAAACAGUGGAAACAGGGUAAAAGAAACGCAGAACGGGAUCAAAUGGUUGGUGCGAAUUUUUGUAUGUCAAUAGAUGCUCCGGAAAAGGAGAUAUUAAGUUCUUUAGCAGAGCCUAGAGUUGAGGACAGUCUGAAUUAUGUUACGAGACUUGAUCAGUCUAUUAAAAAUCUUAUGCAAACGGCUCAGGAUCAGCACAAAAAGUGUGUUAAUAUGUAUAAGAGGGAGUUCAUGAGGAUAGGUGAAAGUUUUUUCGCACUAGGUUCUGCGUUUGAAUAUAAUCAGCAGGGAAUGUACUCAAAAGCUUCUGUAGAUGUUAAAAAUAUUGGUUCCACAUACAUGAUGAUAGGCAAAUUAUACGAAGAACAAGCGAAAAUGGACUGGCAACCGCUGUUCGAUAAAAUGUACAUCUAUAAAGGCAUUACCGGUGACCUACCAGACGUCCUUAACCUCCAAAGACUUUCUGAACAGAAGAAAAAAGAGUGCGAACGAAAUUCCCAAGUGCCUCAAACCGCCCUAGCAGACGUCAGACGACGAGCUGACGUUCUAACUUACACGGUUUUUGCUGAAUUAAAUCAUUUCCAAAAUGAAAGGGACACCGAUUUAAGGCUGGCUAUGAAAACUUUCUUACAGGAACAGUUAAAUUUUUAUAAAAACGUUGUUUCGAAAUUGGAAGAAACGCUGGAUAAGUUUGAUUGAAUAUUUUCUUGCCAAUUGCAGAGUGGCGGCAAAUUCAAUGAUUUUUUUUAAAGGAAUUAAACAUGAGAUUAUUCCAGUGUGGUAAAUAUUUAAUUGCGGCAUUUGCAGAAAAGUCCGUACUGUAUUUUAUUUUUAAAGAACUUUGCUUUCAUUAAAAAAAAAGAUGCAUACAUUUUUGAUAAUAUAGUAAAGUAAAGAAGAGGGGUCUUAAUUUUAUUUACAUCUAUUCCAGUCGGCUGAUCAUUUUUUGCUACAUUUGAUUCCAACACAGAUAGGAUUGAGUGGAAUUGUUUUAUUGGUAGCCCACCUUUUUUGUGGUCAAUAUUUGAGUAGGACUAAAAGUGAAAAAUUUCGGAAAUAAAAUGUUCUACAGAGAUCAAC